GAGAGCCUUCGCACAGAUGACAUGACAUGAUGACACAAAGAAGAGUCGCUUAUUGCAUCUACGGGCUCGCUACUGCUAGCUAGAUAGAUAGAGACAAACAAAUGAGGUCGCUUUCUUCGUUCUCUCGUCGCUUGGCGACACGCCGACGAUCGUUGCGUUCCUCGCCUUGCGACUGUGGUCCUCGAGUUUCCUUUUCCCUGAAUGGAGUCACGUCGGGCAUCAACGGAGCGGUUCCCAAGGCGGCACGGUCGUCCGGCAUCAUCAGCAGCAACAACAAGGCGGAAGCAGAAUCGAGUCCUAAAUCGGGAGGUGGGAGUUAUUCUUCGGGUGGCACCAGCAGCAGCAGUUUUGGAAGCGAUUCUGAUGCGGCCAAACUACUCAAGGGUUCGACGGUGGAUCACGCUGUCGAUUUGAUGUCCUUGCGACCUGGCGAUCGCCUCGAAAUUCCGUACGAGAUGACCGUCACCGAGACCAUUCAGGAAUUCUGGCAUGCUGCCUUUUAUUCCCAAGACCGCAUCCAUACCAGCAGACCCUUUUGCCGGACUAUGGGCCUCCAAGAUCGAGUCAUUCCGUUCUCCCUGGCGCUCUUUCUCACGUCCAGCAUGACACACGAAGAUGCUGCCAAAGUACAGGUGGGCUUUGGUCGCGUCUGGUAUUUGUGGCCGACAUUUGCCGGUGAUACCUUUCGCAAGUCCUUUGAAGUCAACAAAAUUCGAAACACAUCGGAUGGAUCCCAUUCGCUCAUUCACUUUACCUGUGAUUUGUACAAUCACCGUGGACGAUUGUGCAUGCGAGCCGACAAACGAUUGCUCUUUCCCUUGGCCGUCCCGGAAUCCAAUGCAUCUGCAUCCGCCAACAUGAAAGAGCCCGACAAGGCAUACUUGUUUCGAGAUCAUUUGCUCUCCAAAGCCAACACCGUGCUAGCUGAAGAACCCAGCCAUACCCUGACUCGAUUUCAUGCAGGACAGUGCAUUCUGCACAGCAUGAAUCGAUCCUUGACAUUUUCCCAAAGUCAACAAUUAGCAUCUUUGGCCAGGUUGACUCACGAACGUCACUUUGAUACCAAAAAGUACGAUCGAUACUCGGAGAUCCUCAUCCCCGCUGGGCUCGUCUUGGGAUUGGCCAUGUCGGCAUCGGCUCGAGAUUUGCACGAAAUUCUUCACGAGGAAAUUUUGUCCGUCAAUUAUGUCAAUAGUCUCAGUCCGGAUCAAAUUGUCGGAGCCGUCAGUUAUAUCGAACGGGUCGAAGAUAUCAAUGUCCCGGGCGAUUUGGAAGUCUUGACAGUGCGGACAUUGGGCAUUAAAAACAUGAAUGUCAAGAGAGAUCUGGACCAAGUGGGGAUUCCGUUGGAGUUGUUCCAAUCCAGAACACCCAAAGAGAUUGAAUCCAUCUGCAAGCAGCAGUGUCCGAUCCUCAUGAACAAGAUUGUGGUGCAAGUAGAACGCAAGAUUCUCCGACAGUCUUGUCGAGAACAAGUUUUCUUGCUUUAGUUAGUUAGUGAAGAAGACCUGUGCUAGCUCCAGACGUCUAGCUUGGCCGCUACGGCUGUAAAUAUCAUGAGAACAAAUAGCAGGUUCAGCCGCAUUCUAUGUUUACUAUUCCUUCAUAGAAUGCUUCUUCUAAAGAAAGCUCCUGCUUCAGCAAGUAGCCAGUACAUUAUUGACACA